AAAAUCUCGCCACUUGUCGUGUAUACAUAAAUGUUUCCAUCAUCAGUAUCUGUUUUUCAGAAACACAAAAGAGCGAGAUUUGUAUGUGUAGGCAGUCGGCCAUAUUUUCAUCGUUUUUAUUUUGAUAGUAUAAUACGAGCGCUGAUCACAUCACAUUCAACACAGAAAAAUAAAGAAGUAUAACUUCAAAAGUGUAACGCAACUAAUCAAGAGAAGAAGAAAUUGCAUUCCAAAGUAUUGUUGUGUGUAUGGAAGAGAGAGCCAGAAAAAAAUUACAGAGCAACAACGAAAACAACAAAAGAAGUAUAGUAGUUUUAUUCUAUUUUUUUUUUCAAGACCUCAGUAGCACACGCUGAUAAAACUCUAGAGUAAACGAGAGAGAGAGAGGAAAAAAGCAAAAUUGAUACACUGAUGAUGGCGACCGCCGAGAGUUCAAUUCGCUUUAGCGAUCAUACAAUGGAUAAAGCGACCAAGGCGAAAGUCACAUUAGAAAACUACUACACAAAUUUAUUGACACAACAUUCAGAGCGAAAGCAAAGGUUGGCCAAAUUGGAGGCAUCAUUAAAAGAUGAAACAUUGUCAGAGUCUCAAAGGCAAGAGAAACGUCUUUUACAUGCCCAAAAAGAAACGGAAUUUUUGCGCUUGAAACGAUCACGGCUUGGCGUUGAAGAUUUCGAAGCGCUCAAGGUUAUUGGACGCGGUGCUUUUGGUGAAGUGCGUUUAGUACAGAAAAAAGAUACCGGCCAUGUAUAUGCAAUGAAAGUACUACGCAAAGCCGAUAUGUUGGAAAAGGAACAGGUGGCGCAUGUACGAGCCGAACGUGAUGUAUUAGUUGAAGCCGACCAUCAAUGGGUCGUUAAGAUGUAUUAUAGCUUUCAAGAUCCGGUGAAUUUAUAUUUGAUUAUGGAAUUUUUGCCUGGCGGUGAUAUGAUGACAUUGCUGAUGAAAAAGGACACACUAUCCGAAGAGUUCACUCAAUUUUAUAUCGCCGAAACGGCAUUAGCUAUCGAUUCAAUUCAUAAAUUAGGAUUUAUUCACAGAGACAUUAAGCCAGAUAAUUUAUUAUUAGAUGCUCGAGGUCAUUUAAAGCUAUCCGAUUUUGGAUUAUGUACAGGAUUAAAAAAAUCUCACAGAACAGAUUUUUAUCGGGACUUAUCACAAGCUAAACCAUCCGAUUUUAUUGGAACAUGUGCAAGUCCAAUGGAUUCAAAACGUCGUGCAGAGAGUUGGAAAAGAAACAGACGUGCAUUGGCAUACAGCACAGUCGGAACACCGGAUUAUAUUGCACCAGAAGUUUUUCUGCAAACUGGAUAUGGACCAGCAUGCGAUUGGUGGUCAUUGGGUGUAAUUAUGUACGAAAUGCUGAUGGGAUAUCCACCAUUCUGUUCGGAUAAUCCACAAGAUACUUAUAGAAAAGUAAUGAAUUGGCGUGAAACGUUAAUCUUUCCGCCAGAAACGCCAAUUUCAGAAGAGGCAAAAGAGACAAUUGUCAAAUUUUGCUGUGAAUCGGAGCGACGUAUGGGCUCAAAUCGUGGUAUUGAAGAACUUAAAUCGAUACCAUUCUUCCGGGGCGUUGAUUGGGAACAUAUUCGUGAACGACCCGCUGCAAUUCCAGUUGAAGUACGCUCAAUUGAUGAUACAUCCAAUUUUGAUGAAUUCCCCGAUGUAUCACUUGAAAUCCCAUCGGCACCAAUACCACAAGAGGGUGAGGUUCUCAAGGACUGGGUGUUUAUAAACUACACAUUCAAGCGUUUUGAAGGUCUCACACAACGAGGCACUCCAACGAAGAAAUAAACUUGAAUACUGUCACGUCUGAAAGAGUUAUGUAAUUUUUGUACAAAAGAAAAUCUAAAAAAAAAAUGUUCAAUUAGAAAUGAAAGUAAAAUUGAAGAAGUAAGAUUAAAAAAAAACUAGAUGACUAUUGAAAUUGAUAAAAAUUGAUUCUAUUUGUUUUCCGUUUUGAGCAAUUUUCCUUCGUUUUUUUGAGAACUUUAUAAUGUUUUUUUAAGCUCAAUAUAUUUCUUAACUUAUUUUAUUCUAAAAGAAAAAAAAUGAUACAAUUUUGUUGGAUUCAUCCAAACUGAACAAAAGAUAUAGAAUGAACAAAACGAAAUAAAAAUGCUGUAGAACAACCGAUUUGGCUCAUCAUGACAUAAAAUUAGAAUUGAAACCUUGGGAUGAAUCCACAAAAAAAAAUUCGAAAAUUAUAGAUACCGAAUGCACCGUAUAAAUAGAUUCAUAUAGUUCUGAAAUUAUCGAGAGCCGUUCGUUGAUUUUUGUGAAUAUGUCUGUUAUUGAAUUGUGAAUAUAUUUCGUUAUAACUAUUGUUUUGGUUAAAAAGAAAACUGGUUCCAUGAAAAGAACUGGUUUUUGUGAAAUUCAACUGUAGCCGUACAUUGCCGAUUUGAAUUUUUUUUUAUUUUUCGUUUAUUGAUUUUGUAAGAUGUCAGAUGAUUUUAAUUUCUUUAUGAUUUGUUUACACGGUGCAAAAAGGUGCAAAUGUUUAUUGUUUCUUUGAAAAAAAGAAACGCGUGCUUGGUACUCACCUAUUUGAUUUAUUUACUUCACUCAUUAUCCCAUGAAGAAGAGAAAAGUACACACACACACAAAAUGUAUCCAAGCCGAAAAUCUACACACUGUACUUAUAACGAAUGUCAGCUAAAAAAAGCUAGGUAUUAACCAUAAAUGUAAAUUAAGUUCGUUGUAAAUGUUAAAUUACAUUGCGACAUAAAACUGUGCAUUCUCACGUGAAAAAUUUACAAAAAAUGUCAACUGAAUGAGUAAUAAUAAAAUUUGAAAAUAUGAAAAAUUUAA